AUGUCUGAAGCAAAGAAAAGGAAGGGAGGAACCCACGAAUCAAAGAGAAAGAACCGAAAAAAAAGCUACAGUGAUCGGGUUGUAGUAUCAGCACAAUUAGACAUUCUCACUAGUAUUUAUAUCGAUAAAGAACCAUCUGAAAAAGACUUGGAAUGUGAAUUAGCUGUAAUAGAGAAGGUGGUUUCCCUUACCAAAUUGGAGGGAAAUUGGGAUCCUCCAAAACAAAAAGAAAGAACUUUAUUCAUCUAUUUUCUAUCGGCCUUUGGAAUUAAACUUAAUACUUCCCCUGAUUGUUUUUCAAAUGUUCAAAAAGAAAUGAUUUCUAACAUUCAUGAGUUGUUGACUAAUUUUGUUAAUUGUAAACAGGACAUAAAGUCACUACUUUUGAACUUUAAAGAAUUGGGUUUAUGUAUUGAAAAGAAAAGGGAUUGUUUUAUGGAAGUUUACAAACCCAAACUGGAUUUGGAAUCAGUUGACCAUUUAACAAAUCUCAUGAUAGAAUCGCGUAUUUUGUCUGCUCUUGCACCUCCACAUAGAGAUUCAACAACCAAAACGGAACAAGAACUUACCAGACAGGUAUUUGGACCAUUAUUUGAAUUUACAGCUCUGUUUGAAGGUUGCUCUGGAAGCUCAAAUUCCAGUAUUACUCCUUUUGUAUGUUCUGGAAAUGAAGGGAGUAACUUGAGUAAAAUUAUCCCCAAUCUCCAACCAGACGACUUUACAUGUGUUCAAUAUAACUCUAAAAAACUCAUUAAGAUUAUUAGAGAAGACUCUCCUGAAGAAUAUAACCACCACACUAUGCACAAGGAUUUUAUUCCAUUACUAACAGAAAUGAAACUAUGUUUAGCUCUUCUUGUGAGAGAAUUAGUGAGGGAUUCAGAGGAAGAUUGGCACAACCAAUUAAUGGUAUUGGGCGUGGCAGGAGAAUUGAAUCAAUGCAAUUUAUAUGCACUUUCGUGUGUCCCAGAAUUUAAAGAAGAUAGUAUUGAACUUGAAUAUAGAUUAACACAUGUUGGAUCAUACCCUCACUAUGACAUUAACAAACGAAUCGAACUUGUUUCCAUUUUAAUUUCAAAUUUAUUGCCUAAUAGGGAAAUGGUGAAACAAACCAUUACCACUUCAACGCCUACAAUCAAUACUCCUUCAAAGAAUAAGGAAAGACAAUUGUUUCCAACUGUUUUGGGUUAUAAGGAAGAUACUUUCAAAAUUCAAUACGAGGAUGGUGAAGAAGAAGCUAAGGUUAGAUGCUGCAAAGUUAAUGCUAUUGAAUGUGUUGUAAAACGAUCUUAUUUACAAAAAGAGGAAAUGGGCUUUUUGACUUUAAAUUUACCAGUUGACUUGUACUGUUUGGAUUUUUCAAUCUCUUUAAAAGGAAAGUGCCUUGCAAAAAUGUUGCUAGAUGAAGAAGAGAUUGAGGUAAGAGCAUUACUCAAUAAUAUCAUGGCAAUUCUUUUAAGAUUAGAAAGAAGAAAGUACACACAUAACGAUAUCAAACCAGAGAAUAUUGUUUUAUAUGAUGGACAUUGGUUUUUAAUAGAUUACGAAACCCGUACACCUUUUACCGAUUUUGAUGAGCAAAAUAAGUGUUACUUGAACGGAAAAGAUUUAUUGGUUAGUAGGUGGUUUUCAAAAGGCUAUCGAUGUCCUGAAAGACUCGAAUAUUUCAAAUUCAAUGGUAUAUCCUAUAAGGGAAGAGUUUCACCCCAGAGUGAUGUAUAUUCUUUAGGAUUGGUAGUAUUGGAAGUACUUUACAAAAAAAAUUUACCUAAUUUGGAAUUUUGUAAGGAAGUUGAAAAGUAUCUGAACUCACUCAAAAAUACAUGUCGAGAUGUUAGUCUUUUGAAUGUUUUGACUUUGAUUUUAAAAAAGGAAUUCAAUGAAAGACCAAAACCUUCAGAUCUUAAGGAAUUUUUUAAUUCUGAACCAUUCAAGCAAUAUUAUUUACUUUUAGAUAACAAAUAUCACUAUAUGAAUCUAUUUCCCACUUCUGCUAAUGAUAUAUUUUAA